AUGGGGCACCCCGUCGAUCAACAUAUCGAUUCCGACGUCACGACUGAGCUCGGAACCGAGCCCAAUGGGGUACUUGAAAGAGCAGACGGAACCACAGAGAACUCACCUCUAUCUGCGAGAGAACAAAAGAUCUUGGAGACAAGAGCCCAAAAGGCGAUCGCUAUCCGCCAAGCAUGCGCGUCGCGGGACGUGGAAGCAUUAAUCCGUUACGCGACAUCGGAAGGAGGCUUACUGGAAGAUGAGCUGCGCCAGAUUGCGUGGCCUGUCUUGUUACGAUGUGAUGAUACAUUCCGCGAUCUCAACCUGGCCUAUAGCCCCGAACUUCCGCACCAUGGGGAGGAAGACCAGGUUGAGCUUGAUGUCAACCGAUCUUUUGUCUACUACCCUAAAGAUGUGCCCGUGGAAGAAUUGCAAACCAGAAAAAAGGAAUUGUCAAAUCUGAUAACCAAAGUGCUUCGAGAGUUUCCCAUGCUAUGCUAUUUCCAAGGCUAUCAUGACAUUGUACAGGUGCUUCUCCUAGUUUUGGGUGAGAAGAAAGCCUUGCCGGCAGUGGCACAGAUAUCGCUCUUCCGCAUAAGAGACUAUAUGCUCCCAUCACUCUCUCCAGCAGUGAAACACCUGCAUUUGAUACCAGCAAUCAUUGAAACAACCGACCCUGGGUUGAGACAUCACCUCGGUAAUAUUCAACCAUUUUUCGCCCUUGCAGCCACCCUCACUCUAUACGCCCAUGACAUUCAAGAAUACAGCAACAUCGCCAGGUUGUUCGACUUCCUUUUGGCGCGGGAACCAGUGGUUGCAAUCUACCUCUUUGCAGCAAUGAUUCUGUCCAGGAAAAAGGAGCUGCUAGAGAUCCCCGAGGACGAACCCGAGAUGCUUCAUUUCACACUCUCCAAACUCCCCAGUCCACUUGAUCUAGACGGCCACAUCCUCCGUGCAACUCAGCUAUUCGAGGACCACCCACCGGAGUCGUUGCCGCUUGGGGCCUGGAAACAAAUCCCUUGGUGCAGUGUCUUGAAGACUUCCCGUGAUCGGUACAGCAAUUCCACUGUUAAAGAUGCGGUCUAUCUCUUCGACAAACAAUCCCAACAGAUCCGCAACGAGGAACGCAAACAGAAAGCUCUCGGCUUCUUGUGGAAGAAUCGUCGCUCCUUGGGAUCCAUUGCACUGGCCAUCUUGGUGGGAGCUGCGUCAAUCUACGUCCGCAAGAAGGGUCUUGAUUCAUCAAUUUGGUCUUACAUCGGCCGGAUCCAAAAAACACUCCACAGCUGGACCUAA